ACAUUUUCAACCAAACACAACUUUCACAGUGUGCUGCUUCUCUGUGUUCACACAUCUCCGGCUGAAUCCUCACUGUCCUCCGUGUUCGCCGGAAGCUCGAUUCACUUCAAUUAGGUAUUUUCCUACCAUUUAUCGGAAUUGAUUCGUUAGUUAAGGCUUAAAACUGAAAAAAUGUCUGAUUGGUCUGAACUUAACUCUGAUCUUCUGGUUCUAGUUGUUAAGCGUAUUAAUUUGAUUGAAGAUUAUCUUAGUUUUGGUACUGUCUGCAAAUCCUGGCACUCUCUGGCCACAAAGGAUAAUUUUAAUAGCGAUUUGCCUAGGGUUCCAUGGCUAAUGUUAGCCGAGGAAGAGGAUGAUGACACAUGUAGGAAAUUCUUCAGUCUAGAAAAUGGGAUGAUUCUGAAAAAGAGUAUCCCUGGAGCUAGGGGAAAAAGGUGUGUUGAGUCCAUGGGAUGGCUUGUAACAGUCCGAAUAGGCCAGAGUGAAAUAAGUCUAUUGCAUCCAUUUUCUGGUGUUGAAAUCCAGCUGCCAGAUCAAAUUCGAUACCCACUGGAUAAUAAUAAAUAUUAUGGACCCGUCACUUUCUCACCAGCAAUCUCUAUCCAUAAAGCAGUUUUGUCAGCUAAUCCUUCUCAUACAUCUGACUACAUUCUAAUGAUCAUUGAGGGAGACUUCAGUUUCCUCAGUCUAUGGAGACCAGGUGAUUUGUCAUGGACCAGACUAUCGGUCUACAAUGGACAAAUUACUGAUGUAGUAUAUUUCAAUGGCAAAUUUUAUUCAGUCGAUUAUAAGGGUCGUAUCUCUGUUUGCAAUGUCUCUGGCUCUGAAAUCGGUGAAAACAAUCGCAUAGCGCAGCUAAAUCAAUGUAUUGAUGGUAUUUAUUACAUCCUAGAAUCACUAGGAUCGUUAUUUGUAGUUGUGCAACAAUUUGUUGGUUUAUCGUACGAGUACGACUCAAAUGAUUGGAUUCUACGGACUUCCAUCCUAGGUGUAGAUGAUGAAGGGGAGACUGUUUCCAACACUUACAGGACAAAUUUUUUUCUAGUUUACAAGAUUGAUUUAGAUGCUUGCGAAGCUACGCCAACGAAGGAUUUAGGGGACAGAGCUUUUUUCCUGGGUCCUAAUGCUUCUAUUUCGGUUCAAGCUUCUCAAUUUCCAGGAAUCAAGCCCAAUCAUAUUUAUUUUACAGAUAAUUAUUUGUGUGCAUACCUCCAGUUCCGAGAAGGAUGCGGCUUGGACAUGGGGGUGUUCAACUUAGCAGAUGAAAGUAUCCAGCCACACUAUGAUGGUGUUUCCCUCAGUCGUGUUAGUCCUCCAAUUUGGGUCACACCAAAUCCGUGCUUAAAACUGAGAAAAAUGUGUGAUUGGUCGGAGCUUGACCGUGAUCUUUUGGUUCUAGUUGUUAAGCGUAUUAAUUUGAUUGAAGAUUAUCUUAGUUUUGGUACUGUCUGCAAAUCCUGGCACUCUCUGGCCACAAAGGAUAAUUUUAAUAGCGAUUUGCCUAGGGUUCCAUGGCUAAUGUUAGCCGAGGAAGAGGAUGAUGACACAUGUAGGAAAUUCUUCAGUCUAGAAAAUGGGAUGAUUCUGAAAAAGAGUAUCCCUGGAGCUAGGGGGAAAAGGUGUGUUGAGUCGCUGGGAUGGCUUGUAACAGUCCGAAUAGGCCAGAAUGAAAUAAGUCUAUUGCAUCCAUUUUCUGGUGUUGAAAUCCAGCUGCCAGAUCAAAUUCUAUACCCACUGGAUAAUAAUAAAUAUAAUGGACCCGUCACUUUCUCACCAGCGAUCUCUAUCCAUAAAGCAGUUUUGUCAGCUAAUCCUUCUCAUACAUCUGACUACAUUCUAAUGAUCAUUGAGGGAGACUUCAGUUUCCUCAGUCUAUGGAGACCAGGUGAUUUGUCAUGGACCAGAUUACCGGCCUACAAUGGACGAAUUUCUGAUGUAGUAUAUUUCAAUGGCAAAUUUUAUGCAGUCGAUCAUAGUGGUUGUAUCAAAGUUUGGGAUGUCGCUGGCUCUAAACUCGGUGAAAAUCAUACCGUAGCGCAGCUAAAUUCAUGUCUUGAUGAUCUUUAUUACAUCCUAGAAUCACUAGGAUCGUUAUUUGUAGUUGUGCAACAAUUUGUUGGUUUAUGGUACGACAGAGAUGAGAUUCCACCGUCUCUCAUCCUAGGUGGAGAUGAUGAGGAAGGGACUAUAUCCAACACUUACAGGACAAAAACUUUUCUAGUUUGCAAGAUUGAUUUAGAUGCUUGCAAAGCUACGCCGACGAAGGAUUUAGGGGACAGAGCUCUUUUCCUGGGGCCUAAUGCUUCUAUUUCGGUUCAAGCUUCUCAAUUUCCGGGAAUCAAGCCCAAUCAUAUUUAUUUUACAGAUAAUUGUUUGAGUGCAUACCUCCGGUUUGAAGGAGGAUGUGGCUUGGACAUGGGGGUGUUCAACUUAGUAGAUGAAAGUAUCCAGCCACAUUAUGAUGGUGUUUCCCUCAGUCGUGUUUGUCCUCCAAUUUGGGUCACACCAAAUCCGUGUUGAGCAUCCGUUUACCCGUCAAAUCCAGUUACAUCUGCUGAUAUUCAUAAGAUUUUGAGAAUCUUGCCGAGAAGCACAAGAGUAUCACUCAAGUUAUUUUGGAUGUUCAAGAAUGUAAUGUAAUUUCAGCUACACUUAUAGUGUAAGUUAGUUUUGUUGCUUAUUGCUAAAACAUGUCCUAUUUUAACCCUUCUUAUGUGCAAGGAGGAAUUGUUAUUGUUGCUCAAUUACAUCUAACUUUAUCUUAUCAUAAUGUGUUUGAUAUUGUGAGGCAAUGCAGUCAUUUACUGUUAAUGCUUAAAGAACUCCUUUUAGUUAUCAAAAGUAUCUGUUGGAUCAAA